UCAGCCUAUCGGAAGUGCUGACUGAACAACGUCGCUAUGGGGAACAGCUGGGGAUCUAAGAUGGCUGCCAUCAGUCAAGCUGUUCGGAUUGUGAAACCACAUCAGCGAUUAAUUAAAUUCCCAGAUAGAAAAGCCUUCCCUCGACCUAAUGUGCAUGAAGCUCUCAAAUCAGCGUCUGUAUCAAUCCAAGGACAGCAACCAACAACAAGUUCAAUUUCUUCAAGUGCUCCCACGGUUAGCGAAUUAUCUAGCAAACGUGACACUAUAGAAAUAGUGAGAGCUCUACCACAGAAGUACAAAAGACUACCAGUGUCAAACGAAGAAAUGGAGUACAUUCAGCGUGGUGGACCUGAGUAGGAUCAAUGGCUUACUUCUGUCAUCCAUCAGUGGGUGUUUCAACCGUUUGCUGAUUUUGUUCAUUUCAAAGCUGUGGAUACAUUUACAAACUUUUGAAGGACUUUAUACCACUGGACGGAUGACAAGCCCUCAGAAUGAAUGUGCAUAUUGAAAUAUUCAAUAAACAGUAAAGAGUUGUCACAAUUUAUAAAGUAGAAAUAUCCUGAUGUAUUCCCCUAAUUGUGUUCAGUGAAUUUCAUAGGAAUGAUUUGGUGAAGUUACAAGUAUUUAUACUGCUUUGUCAUUAAAAUUUAUCAAGCAAAUUAUUUUGUGCAUAAAUACUUUCCAAAUUAUAAUUCUUCCAAACUAUAUUUUAGUUGCCUGGUGUCAAAUACACGUAUAACACAGUGCUAGUUUUCAAACAUUUUCAUACAAUUGUUUUUACAAGUUAGGUAGAGAAUUUGAAAUACGUUUUCUCAAUAACGCGAGUAUCAUGAUAUAUCCAAAAAAUGCUAUUUGCUCCACCAAUGAACCCAAUGAACUAUUUACUUGGCAUAUUGUCAAUGGUCAAUUUAAAUGUUUAAGUGCCUAACCUUAAAAUCCUACUUUUGCCAGGUGUUGCUAUUUUUUUGCUAAAUGAAAUAGUAAAUUAUGGAGUCCAACAGCAGAAUUAAAUUAUAUUUGAAUAAAGAUAUGUUAGCACAAUAAUGUGACAAAUAGCAAAAUAGAAGAUUAUGUACUGUACAUAAAACUUAAUAGGAUAUUGCCACCGGGUGCAUGUGAGAUUGUUAAAGCAUCCAGCAACUGAGUGCAAAACUGAAAUGUACUUUUAAUGUGUGGGGGGGGGGUUUGCGGGAAGUAAAAGCACUAUUGUACAUAUAAAUGUGCAUGUAAGCUACAUAAUGUACUUUUACUGCCAAAUAUAUUUGUCCAACAAAAAUAUCAGUAUAAAUUAAGGAAUUAUUAAAAUGACCUAAAUCACUCAUGUUUUUGUGGUAUUCUGAUGUGAAAUGUUAUCACAAAUUACUGAUUUCCAUCGGCAUCAUAAUUGAUGAAUUUUAAUCAGAAGAUCACUUAAAACAUCGGAUUUUUUGUUUAAUAGCAUUUCUCCUCACCCAAUUGAGCAGUUUAAAUAAUUCUCCAGGUGUCGAAGUGACAUAUCCAAAAGUGAGUUGCUUCUCAUGGUCAAUGGGUACAUGCAUCAGAGUAGGAGAACUAAAUGUUGGCAGUCAAUUGUAAACAUUGCUAUUCUGGUAGGGUUGAGUCUUUUCACUAUAUUCACUGAUGUGGAAACAUAAUAAACAUUCAAAAUUCUAUUUAAAAUUUUUAAUACACAAGAUUUUAUUUUUUUCCAAAACAAUUUGUUGGGUUAACAGGAAAAAUACAAACAGUAACUCCUUCACAAUUAGCAAGUGUUAGCAAUUUGCUACAAUUCAGAAAAUAUGUUGCAUUCUACAGUUAUCAAAUAUUAACCUGUUAAAAUAAUCUGAAAGAAAAUACUUUAAUAAAUAAAAGGCCAGAAA